ACGCUCCCGGCCACUCCCCAGUCCCCACCCCCAAUCCACUCCACAGGGAGCGGCAGCAAUCCAUGGCUUCCCUGCCUCUUUGCCGCUCGCCGCCCUCCCUCCUCCCCUCAUGGCCUCACCGGCCAAUCUCCGCCUCCUUCCACCCCAAGAACCCCUCCUCCCCUGUCGCCGCUCACGUCUCCGUCCAGGACCCGCCUCCCCAAGACCCGGCGCCUCCCUCUGAUUCCAGCCCAAAUGGCACCAGGCCCAGCAGCAACACGAGGUACCUGUGGGUCAACCCCAACAGCCCGCGCGCCGCCGGCGUCGUCCGCGCGCGUGCCGGGUCCGGCCGCCGCUCGCGUCUCGCCUCCGCCGCCGCGGUGCUCGGCGCGUGCGAGCCCGCCGAGGCGGCCGUGGCGGCCGCGCUUGAGGCCGCGUUCCCCGAGCCGCCCUCCGAGCAGGACGCCGUUAUCGUGCUGAACACGGCCGCCGCCGCCAGGCCGGAGACUGCCGUGCUCGCUCUCCGCUGGUUCCUGGGGAACGCCGGGGUCCGGAAGAAGGUCAUCCUCUACAACGUGUUGCUCAAGCUGCUGCGCAAGAGGCGGCGCUGGAGCGAGACUGAGGCGCUCUGGGCCGAGAUGCUGCAGGACGGCGUGCAGCCCGACAACGCCACCUUCUCGACCGUCAUCAGCUGCGCGCGCGCCUGCGGCCUGCCCAGCAAGGCCGUGGAGUGGUUCGAGAAGAUGCCGGAGUUCGGGUGCUCCCCGGACAUGCUCACGUACUCCGCGGUGAUCGACGCGUACGGCCGCGCCGGGAACGCAGAGGCGGCCCUCCGCUUGUACGACCGCGCCCGCUCGGAGAAAUGGCAGCUCGACCCUGUGAUCUGCUCGACGGUGAUCAAGGUACACUCGACCACCGGCAACUUCGACGGCGCACUCAACGUGUUCGAGGAAAUGAAGGCGGCCGGGGUGAAGCCAAACCUUGUCGUGUACAACACAAUGUUGGACGCCAUGGGCCGUGCAAUGCGACCAUGGGUGGUGAAGACUAUACACAGAGAGAUGGUUGAUCAGCAGGUGCAGCCCAGCAGGGCAACAUACUGUUGUCUCCUGCACGCUUACACCAGGGCGCGCUAUGGUGAGGACGCCAUGGCUGUGUACCGGCUGAUGAAGGACGAGGUGAUGGACAUCGACGUGAUGCUGUACAACAUGCUCCUAUCUAUGUGCGCAGACAUUGGCUAUGUCGAUGAGGCUGAGGAGAUCUUCGGUGACAUGAAAGUGUCCGUCGAUGCCCGGUCCAAGCCUGAUAGCUGGAGCUACUCAUCAAUGGUGACUCUGUAUUCCUCCACUGCCAACGUCCUAGGCGCGGAGGGCAUACUUAGCGAGAUGGUGGGGGCCGGCUUCAAGCCGAACAUCUUCGUCCUCACCUCGCUUAUCCGGUGCUAUGGCAAAGUGGGGCACACCGACGACGUCGUCAGGUCGUUUGACAUGCUCGAGGACCUUGGUAUCAGCCCCGACGACAGAUUCUGCGGCUGCCUUCUCAGCGUGGCGGGGAACACGCCACCUGAAGAGCUGGGCAAGGUGAUCAACUGCAUCGAGAGGAGCAAUGCUCAGCUUGGCGCCGUGGUAAAGCUCCUGGUGGACAGGAGCGCCUCCUCUGAAUCUUUCAGGAAAGCAGCCAGUGAGCUGCUGAGCAGCUCCCGCGGCGUGGUGAAGAUGCCUUACUGCAACAGCCUGAUGGACCUGUGCGUGAACCUGAACCAGAUGGAGAAGGCCUGCGCGCUUCUCGACGCCGCGCAGCAGCUCGGCAUCUACGCCCACAUCCAGACACGGACCCAGACGCAGUGGUCGCUGCACCUCAGGGGCCUCUCCGUCGGCGCGGCACUGACCACGCUGCACGUCUGGAUGAACGACCUGGACACGGCGCUGCAGAGCGGCGGCGAGGGGCUGCCGCCUUUGCUGGGGAUCCACACGGGGCAGGGGAAGAACACGUACUCAGACAGAGGACUGGCUGCCAUGUUCGAGGCGCAUCUGAAGGAGCUCGACGCGCCGUUCCACGAGGCACCCGACAAGGCCGGCUGGUUCUUGACGACGAGCGUUGCUGCCAAGCACUGGCUGGAGACGAAGAAAGCGUCUGAAUUAGUAGCUGUGUGAACUGUUAAUUUAGGGCAUUGGAUUUUGGGGGUAUAAUCUGCAGGUGCUCUCCGACCCUAUACCUCCUCGACAGAUUUCUGCUGGUAGAUACUCUAUUGCUUCCUUGUAGUUUCUAAAGAUCCCUUAUGUACUGCUUUCAUCCAGAUGGUAACAGACCAAGGAGUACCAGCUUCAGCUCACCAUUCAAUUGAGAAAGUAACAAUUGUUUUUUUUUUCAA